AUCGGCCAUGGCCUUUCAAACGGGUUAGACCAGUUAGAUUCUGAUGGGAUUCUUUGUGUCACUGGGCCGGCCCCUCUUCCUCCUUCCCUAUAAAGCCUCUUGGAGAUCCCGGUCUCCCAGACUCAGCCACCCCACCUGUGGGGGCCAGUCGACAGCCAUAAUGCUUAACUGGAGGCUACUGGGGAUCCUGGUCCUUUGCCUGUUCGCUGGGGGCAUCUCGGGCAUCAGGGACCACCCUUCUCCCCAACCCACAGAAGCCAGCGAGGAGGAGAGCACCCCGACCCUGCCUCAGGGUCCCCCAAUCCCUGGUGAUCCCUGGCCAGGGGCACCCCCUAUCUUUGAAGACCCUCCACCUCCAGGCCCCAACCGUCCCUGGAGAGAUCUGCCUGACACUGGCCUCUGGCCCCCAGAGCCCCCCAGCACUGAGCCCCCUCAGCCUCCCCUGCCUGACGACCCCUGGCCAGCAGGAGGACCCCAGCCCCCAGUAAACCCCUGGCCACCUGCCCCUGAGGUGGACCAUGAGCCUCAGGAGGAGCCAGAUCUUGACCCACCCCAGGAAGAGUACAGAUGA